AUGAUUGAGAUUCUGUACAGCGGCCUGCCCUCCUUGGAGGCUUCGCGGCCGACAUUCAGCAGAGAGGAUCACAGAAUGAAGGAGCUCGGCCUUCCGCGGGGGACCAAACGUGCUCCGCGCAGAUCCCAGACACAAGACGAGUACUACUUCGCUCAGCCGCUGACCUUCACCCUUCGGAUGAUCCGUGAACCGGUCCAGUCCCGUGAAGACAGCGUGAUGGCACAAAAAGAACGCCAGAUUGAGGCAGGCGAGCAGGAGUUGCAACGAUCACGGGCCCCGGUACGGAGACCGCCGCUCGGCUCCCCACGGAGGUCCUACUCGGUGACGGACAAGGAGCCACUUCCCCACCAUCACCAACCGUCGGCUCGGUUGACGUUGUUAGACUUACCCGCAGAAUUGCACUAUGUCAUCUUCGAUUUCCUCGACCCCAUCGACAGCACCUGCCUAGGCCUAACGAACCGGCAUUUCUACAACAUUCACCGUCGCAUGCGUGGCACCGUCCCUCUUUCAGCCCGCCGAGAUGGCCCGAACGAUCUAGAGUGGGCGUGGCACUUGGCAGGAAACAUCAUACGAACAAACCCAACGGCAGCCCAUGCCAAGGAAGCCAUGGCUCCCCUAGCCGGGCUUGGGGAGAAGGAAAGGAAUGCGCUGUCAAAGCUGCGCAUCCGGGGGCAAGGGUACUGCCGCAAGUGUGGCGUCACGCGGUGUCAACUACACAAACACAUACAGGAGUGGAUGGGAGAGGGUCUUGAGUACUGCUCAGUCAAGGAGAAGUUUGGACCCGUAGCGCCCGAAGGGGCCAAGUCGUACUGCUACAGGAGCAAACCAGGUGAUCCGCGGCGCUGCGGAAGGCACUCUGCGCGGAAGGACAAAGUCGUGCUACAAUGA